GUGUUGCUAUUAAAGGAGUGUAGUCAAUGCGCACGUCUGUUUAUCCGCUCAUCAUCUCAGGCAAGAAAGCGCCAGCACCUAUCUUUGCGUCAUGUGGAAGAAAAUCGUACAUCACCAGCUUGGUAAAAUAAGAAAUAGAAGGAGAGUUCGGUUGUGGAUGGAUUCCUGCCGUUGUCGCUCUCGAUUCCGAAACAAAGUGCGUUUGCGUUUGGGUUGUCUUAAACAUCAAGCCUCCUGCUCGACGAUAAUAUUUUCGUAACCCGAGGAAAAACAAUUGCCGCCGAUUAUAGAGGCAAUGUUAAGGCAGAUCAGAGAUGACAAGCACCGUCUAGUCCACUCAUCAUCAUCCUAAUUUUUACAUCUCCUUUUACAUGCAUUGUACUUACGAACCAACCGCCCCAAAAUGUCGGAGUGUAAAGGAGAUUCAGACGCCUCUGGGCCGCUUAGUCUUCUUCCUCACAAGCGAGCUUGAGCUACCACAAGAGCUAUAACAACACUCUGACACUACAAAAGUACUCUCUCAUCCCUUCGAUGUGGACACCGAGUACCCGUAGAAGCAUGAUUGUGCCCUCCCCUACUAUCCUCAUCUAAGAAGGAGCAAGUCUCUGCAUGAUCAGGAGAACGAUGUUCCAGGGCUCAUCGGCGCGGAGCGUCCUGUGGGUGUUAGUACGUGGACUGCCCGCGAAAGAAGAUUCGUGCGACCGUUGAUUAUGGCUACUGAUUCUGAUUGUCAUCUCAUCACUCUUUCACAGCACAUUAUAGAUAGAACUACAACUAGAUGAAGAAUUUUGUUUGUUUCCGGUAUAAGCUUAAGGCUUGAAAGUUGGCAUCUCUAUGCGCGUCUCCAUGUCUUCUUCAAGGAGGAAAGCCAUAGAUGUGCGAGGUAGAGACGCCAACUUUCAACCUCUAAUAAGCAAUAAGAAAUACGUUGAAGUAAGUGCAUAAUGAUGAUGUGGCUGGUCACCAGUCUGCCUUUCGCUGUCGACAUUUCCCGGAUGAAACAUCCCAAUCUUCUAAGUCAAGCUAUGUAUUGUCGCGAUUGGACUUGGCUGGGGGACAACAUCCUAAGGAAGGAGUAAAUGUCGCGCUUUUCGUUCUGGCGAUGUUCCUAGUUCUCACUGCAAGUGCACUGGGAUAUUUGAUCAUGUACUACUUUCCUUUUCAGUCAUCCCUUGAUUAUACUUAUAAAUGUACAACUACUCAAGAAAUAAAUUAAUGACUAACUAAUGAAAGCACCUACAAUCUAAACAAUUCAUCACCCUUCUUAUGUACAGCUCUCUCAUGUUCAACAACUCGACCAUUCCAGUGGUCCCAAGUCAAGAACAACCACAGUUCAACCUCAACACCAUUCUGCUCCACCCCAUAAUUCAAUGUCAACAACAGUGUGCGUCGGCGCGAGAGUCUUGAAACCGAAAAAGGGAUCGCAGCAGACCAAAAACGGGAGCGCAAGAUGCGAAGAAAGCUCGAACACGCUUUGCAUCAACCCCCUUUACUGGGUGGCCAGCCACCUCAACCACCAGAACCAGCUGUGGGUGCUGCUCCUCUAGAAGAGAGUGUAUUUAUGGCGAUCUACUUAGUAAAGUUUCUGAUGACAGUAGCACGACCAAAAGGCAUGCUACUGAUUUGACUGGUACCUCUAUGUAUAAUUCACAAGUAUAGAAAAGUGCAGCUCUGGUUUAUUCCUCUAAGGUAACACCACCAGUUGCGGAGCCCGAACCCAGUAACGAAGCCGCGAUAGAAGACCCGCCUCCACAAGGCGACGAGCCGGCUGAAGAAGUACACGAAGUCGCGAGCACUAUUGAGAUUUCUGAAUAGCACUUCUGACGCUUCUGCGUGCAGCGCGCAGCUUGUCACGAUUAUGUUGGACGUGAGGACUCUGACUCUCAUGGUGUAAUAUUAAUUCUCAUCGUGCGCUUGCGCCGGUAGUUGUAUUAAGAUGAGUAGAGUUGUAUCCAACAACAUCUCAUAUUUUGGCAACAUCAUCUGCAUCUUCUGCCCCACGACGCAGCGUUCCUCUAGAUAGCAGCGGC